GGCAGCUGAAAAAGUUGGAUGAAGAUAGCUUAACUAAACAGCCAGAAGAAGUGUUUGAUGUCUUAGAGAAACUUGGAGAAGGGUCAGCAAUAAUGUUAAACCUGAUUGUGGAUUACGUGGCAUAGGUUUUCAUGGAUUGCCUCCUUGUAAAAAACAUUAGUCAUCUUUUUGUAAGUUGGAGAAAUACUCUGGAAUCAAACAAGACAUCAAGCAGAGAAGGGAAGUAAAAGGGGACACCAGCUGUGCUGUGAAAAGACAAGUACAAGAUGAAUCUGAAGGCGGCAAGUUGACUUGGGAUCCUUAAAGACCUAUGCAUGUCUUCAUUGAGGAACUUGGAAAUUUCCCUAUAGAGAUGUGACCAGCAAGAAAAUUGACAUAUAGCUUCAGAUCUUUCUCCCUGUGUUGUCACCAUAUUGUUCUUUUAAGUGAUACUACAGAAGCUUGGAUUUUUGUCAUCAUGGCGGAAUGAAGCAGAACAAGCUUCCUUUACUAACGGAAUCCUGAAGGAAGAUCUUAGCUGCCCUUAGGUGUCAAAACACAAACUGCCAUGCCGCCCUCAACUUGUUCUGGAAAAUGAAUAGAUUGUGAACACUCACUGACUGUGUCUUGUGAGAUGAGCUCUGGCUGAUGGACUGUAUUGGAUUCUGGAGGCCAUGGUCCUUUUGUGUAUGGAAGAAAUGCGGUGGAUCUGUGGCAGAGAAGAGCCAAAGCUCCAGACCCGGAUGAGUGGACCAUGCUUGGAAAGUGUUUUGAAUGCCAGCCUAGCACCUUUUUUCCAUCUGAUAUACUUAAAGCUUUACACCUUGACUCACUGAGGUUUUUAUCAUAGGGUAGUAACAAAAACAUCGUGCCCAUGGUUUCAUAGCUAGUGACUGGUAUUGUUAAGACUUGUAUCUAGUUAAUUUGGCUUCAGAUACUGUAUUAUUUCUGUGUUUUCCCAAAUUGAUUUUUGCCUUGUGUGGGUUGUGUGAAACCCCUACUUCCCCACCAUUUUUGUUCUCUACUUGUUAAAAUUCACUCCAGUUUUGUGGUAGCAACUGCGGUCUUACAGGACUGGCAUAAAAGUGAGAACACCUGCUGAAGCCGUCUAAAUUCUCUAAAGAUUACUGAAAAUACAGUCCUAUGGCAGUGUGUACAAAGCGAUUCACAAAGAGACGGGUCAGAUUGUUGCGAUUAAGCAAGUUCCUGUGGAAUCAGACCUGCAGGAGAUAAUCAAAGAAAUCUCUAUAAUGCAACAAUGCGACAGCCCUCAUGUAGUCAAAUAUUAUGGCAGUUAUUUUAAGAACACAGACUUGUGGAUCGUUAUGGAGUACUGUGGGGCUGGUUCUGUGUCUGAUAUCAUUCGAUUACGAAAUAAAACGUUAACAGAAGAUGAAAUAGCUACAAUAUUACAGUCAACACUGAAGGGACUGGAAUACCUUCAUUUUAUGAGAAAAAUACACCGAGAUAUCAAGGCAGGAAAUAUUUUGCUAAAUACAGAAGGACAUGCAAAACUUGCAGAUUUUGGGGUAGCGGGUCAACUUACAGAUACCAUGGCCAAACGAAAUACAGUGAUAGGAACACCAUUUUGGAUGGCUCCAGAAGUGAUUCAGGAAAUUGGAUACAACUGUGUGGCAGACAUCUGGUCGUUGGGAAUUACAGCCAUAGAAAUGGCUGAGGGAAAGCCCCCAUAUGCUGACAUCCAUCCAAUGAGGGCAAUCUUCAUGAUUCCCACCAACCCUCCUCCUACAUUUCGAAAGCCAGAACUCUGGUCCGAUAACUUCAUGGAUUUCGUGAAGCAGUGUCUGGUAAAGAGCCCUGAGCAGAGAGCCACAGCCACUCAGCUCCUACAGCACCCGUUUGUCAAGAGUGCCAAAGGAGUGUCGAUCCUGCGGGACUUAAUUAACGAGGCCAUGGACGUGAAGCUGAAGCGCCAGGAAGCCCAGCAGCGGGAGGUAGACCAGGACGACGAGGACAAUUCGGAAGAGGAUGAGAUGGACUCUGGCACAAUGGUUCGAGCAGCAGGUGAUGAGAUGGGCACCGUCCGCGUGGCCAGCACAGUGACCGACGGAGCCAGCACUAUGAUCGAGCAUGGGGACACGUUGCCGUCACAGCUGGGCACCAUGGUGAUCAACGCAGAGGAUGAGGAAGAGGAAGGGACCAUGAAAAGAAGGGAUGAGACCAUGCAGCCUGCAAAACCAUCGUUCCUUGAAUACUUUGAACAAAAAGAAAAGGAAAAUCAGAUAAACAGCUUUGGCAAAAGUGUACCCAGCCCGCUGAGGAACUCCUCAGAUUGGAAAGUGCCGCAGGAUGGAGACUAUGAGUUUCUUAAGAGUUGGACAGUGGAGGACCUUCAGAAGAGGCUCCUGGCCCUCGACCCCAUGAUGGAGCAGGAGAUUGAAGAGAUCCGGCAGAAGUACCAGUCCAAGAGGCAGCCAAUCCUGGAUGCCAUCGAGGCUAAGAAGCGGCGGCAACAGAACUUCUGAGAAGGCCUGGCCAGGAGGGCCCCUGCCUGUGCUCCAGGCCUUUGGUGAACUCUGGCUGCUCGCCACUCAGGCUUGUCAGCCAGCACUUCCGCCCCAUCGUUUUUCCACGGCACCUUCACCUCCGUGAACUCAGGAAGUGCACCAGUGGGAAGGGCUGCCUGCCGUCAGCGCGCCAUCUUGUGUGUGUAUUUAAACCGAUCGGUUCUAUUAUUUCAAAGGAUUCAUAUCAGCGCUUUCAAACUCAGAGUUUUUAACCCCAGAAACAGAGACUCCUAGAUGAGUGAUAGCUGGGAAAGUGUUACGUUGUCUUGUCUUUCCUCUCCCAAUGGCUUUCGAUUGUUCUUUCUGGAAAACUUUUUAAAAAGAUAUAAAUAUGCACAUAUAUAUAAAUUAUAACUGGAUUCCCCACUGAGUGUGGUGGCAUCUCUGUACAGGUACAGUUUUAAACAGUUGGCCCCUUUUCUGUAAGAUUAUGGUACUGUGGGACACGGGGGCAGGGGACAGCAGAAGGCUGUUGGGGUCACUCAGCUCCCAGGGGCCUACCUCACGCUUUUACAGGGCUGCAGUUAAAAAUGAGGUCUGGGCCAGCUCCCUCCCCACAGUUUCAGCCUUGGGUGGGUCAUCUCGGGCCUCAGAGCUACUGACUGUGUCCAAGGGAAAGCCCUGAGAGUUUGUGUUUACUUUUUGAGUCCCAGGAGAAGCCUAGCACCCUCUUUGUAAACUGCCCCUUGCGGCUUCAAUGCCUUUCAUCCAUCUCCACUCUCCCGACCGCCUAGAGUCACAGCACAGACCCUGCCCAGUGCCUUAAGAGGAGACAUGAGCCCGUGCGGGAACGGGUCUGCCAGGUCCUCUCUGCAAACGUGGGGCCGGGUGCAGGCCGCAGAAGAGAAGGUGGCUUCAGACUUCUCACUGAUCGUGUGAAGAUCACUUGGCUGCAUUUUGCUCUGCAUUCCUUACAGACAUGGGUAGACGGCAUUGCUUUUGGUGAUCACAGUCCAAUAUGCGACGGUUUUCUUUUUUCUUUACUGCUGAGGGGUCUAGAAAGAACCCCUGGAGGCUCCGUCCGGGCCCACAGAAUGCCACAGCUGGAAGGGACUGUAGGCAUCAUCUGGCCCGACUGAGGCUUGGAGAGGGGAAGUGACAUGGUGACAAAUCACAAAGCAAGUUGAAGAGAUGGGACUAGACCAGAGCUCCUCACUCCUGGGCCCCUGAUCCAAGCAGCCCCGUCCGUGGGGAGAAACCUGUGUCAGUUUUGGUUAAGUUGCCUCAGGAGCCCUCUGAGGCACACUUGCCUUUGCUUGGUCCUUUCAGUGGGCAGCUGGCUCUGAGACCCCUGGGGUGGGGGUGGGGGGGCUACUGGUGGUUGUGGCUCAGUCCUUCCGGAGCUCUGUAGCUCCUGGCGGGCAGCGAGAGGCACCAAGUGGAUGAUUUAAGGCCUAAGCCAGAUCAGAGGGCUUCACAGAACAGCACUGAGCCAUCCUUCUGCAGCAGGGGGCUCAAGGCCACGUGUCCUGUCGUCGCACAGCAAAGGGUAGACAGUGCGGAAAGGCAGACGUCUGCUCAUUUUUAAUUAUCUCUUCUCCCGCCCCCUCUGGGAGAGCACCGACUGGGCUGCACCUAAGGAUGGUAUAAUUUGACUCCAUAAUUGCUUUUGCUUCCCAACCCUGGGAAUCAAUGGAAAGGCAGGGAAUGUUCCUCUUCUCUGGCCAGAUUCUGUUCUUUGUAAUUCAAGCAAGUUUUUAAAAAUGUAAGAGGCAGUGGUUGGUCUGCAGGGUUUAGCCAGUUAGGCAGUCAUGUGGCAGAUACAGAGAAUAAGGGCGACCAGAGGACCUCACUAGAAUAAACGACGGCAGCUAAAAUUCGUUGACCACUUAGUAUGUACCAGGCACUGAGCUAGGUGGGCUUUUUAUAUAUGUGAGAUCCAAACUUCACGAUAACUCCAUAUGUUAAGUAUUUUAUCUCUAGUUCAUAGAUGAAGGAGCAAGUUCAGAGAGAAAAAAAGUUCUUUCCCAAGGCAAUACAGCUAGUAAGAGGCUGAAUCAGGAUUCAUAGCAUCACCAUGUGGGACUAAUAUUUACAGGGAAAGGGAAUGAAGUGACCACCUUUCUCGCACAGAGUAAAUAACUCUCACUGGCAUUUUUAGGUUGGGAAACAGCUGAGUUAGUAGUCCAGUCUGACAGCCAAGUGAGUCUCACCAACCACAGCACGGAGUGUGCGUUACCCUACACCAUCUGCUGUGCUAACCAACAGGACUGCCUAGGCCUCUUUCUCUUUAGAGAGAGGAAUGCCUGUUUCUUCCUUCCUAAGCUAGAUCCAAGUAAAAGAAGGUUUUCGUUUUUCCCCAUAAAUAUUCUUGGGUCAUGAAUCUUAAUCCGUAGUUUAUUUUUCUUUCAGUCACGUGUGCACCCACCACGCUGAUCCAGCAAAGAACACUGCUCACCAGUCUAGCUAGACAGAGCCCUUUGGCCAGAAGUCAGUUUCUUUGGGCCACAUACAUUUCCUGACAAGGUGUAUUUGUUUUUUAGUGGUGGAGAGUCAGAGGAGCAAGUCCCAUUCCCGGCCCCCCCUCCCCCCGCCCCCUUGAAUACUAACUUCAGCAUAGGUCAGCUUGCUUUCAUUGAGUCCUGAGCUUCAAUAAUCGCUCCAGCAUUUUUGACUCAAGUUUCCAGGGAACUCUGCACCUCGCCUCUUCUCUCCUUUAAGAAACAAUGACCCACACCUAGUUGCAUCUUGAAAAAAUCUCAAAUUCUCUAAAUAUCUUGAUUGCUUUCUCAUCAAUAAUUAUGAAGAAAUUUCUAUUUCUCUUUUCUUCUUUGUCCCUUCUUCCAGCCACCAACUAGAUGGAGAGAUGGAUGGGGGACUGUCUGGCUUGCUGACUGGCUGGCUGGGGGGCUGGCUGAUGGGUGACUGACUAGAUAGAUAGAUAGAUAGAACCAAAACUCUGAAGAAACUUAAGAGCUGGAGCCUUGACUCCUUGAGACUGUACAUUCUGAUCCAGAAAACAUUUAUUUGGCACCUGUCAGAUGCCAGAGAUUUAUUAUACCAUUUAAAACUCAGUAGCUCUUACCAAUAUCAGAAAUGAGAGAGGUGACAUCAUUAAGCUCCUACAGAUACUAAAAGGCUAAGAACAAUAUCAUGAACAGCUUUAUGCUAAUAAAUUCAAUAGCUUAAAUAAAAUGGACAAAUUUUUUGGAAGAUAACAAAACACCAAAGUUCAUUCAAGAAGAAAACAGAUAAUCUGAAUAGCCCUGUAUCUGGUAAACCUUAAUAGCUCUGUGAGGUAUAGGUAUUAAUGUCCUCAUUUUACAGAUAAGGAAACUGAGGCUCAAAGAGGUGAAAUCUUUUCUGCUCAAGGCCACGCAGCUAAGAUAUGGCAGAGCUAGGAUUCAAAUGCAGGUUUUCUGAUUCUUAGUCCAGUGCCCUUUUCUAGCGUAUAAACCACAUUGCCUAUCAAGAAUGCAGCUCCUUAUUUACUGGAAAAUUGUUUCUUCCCAGUCCUCAGCCUCCCACCCCAUCCUUUCGUACGCACUCUGUGUUUUCAUCAGGAUGAUAUUCAUUGUAUUUGGACUCCAUGUUCUUUUUUGUGUGUCUGGGGGGACAAAAGAAAGAAACCUCCUCCACCAGCUUGCACUCGAACCAACUUGGAAAAAGCUUAAAAGCUGUUGCAGAUGUACAACUUAAAAAUGUGAAGUUUGUAGCUUUAACUUUUUGUAAUAAAAACUAAUAACACUGGCUUACGUGCUGACUUGAAAUGCUAUUUUAUAAAGUUUGGAUGUAAAUAAUCAAUCGAGGUCAGCAGUUUGUAUAUGUAUGAGACAUAGCUUCCUCCUUUGCACCUUUUUAAAAUUUGAGGUGCUUCCUGUGUGCUUUUAUGUUAGAAUUGUUGUUUUUCCUACUUCCUACACAUUGUCACCUGUGUCUUAAAUAAACUGUCCUUUGGAACACAA